AGAGAGAGAAAGUGAGUGAUAGAGAGAGAAGAUAAUCGGGAUCUGAUAAAUAGAGAAUGAAUAUUCGGAGUUUUCUAUGAACAACUCCACUUGUUCAGAACUCGUUAAUGGCGUCUUUUUCGACUGAGAAAUGUAUAAUACUGCGAAAUUUUUCUCUGAUUGUACGGCCAGUAGAUCGGAGAAAGUUAGGGCUUUGGCCAUGGGGAGAAAGAAGGUGGAGAUGAAGAAAAUUAAGAGCAAGAACAGCCGCCACGUGACGUUCUCGAAGAGGAGGAAAGGUCUGAUGAAGAAGGCCUCUGAGCUUUCCGUUCUCUGCGAUGUCGAAGUCGCUCUCAUUGUCUUCUCCGGCAGCGGCAACCUCUACGAGUUUUCCAGCUCCGGAAGUUUAGGGAAAACACUUGAACGCUACCAAACAUAUAAUGCCAGUCAAGAAGUUGCUCUGAUCAAGAAGGCUGAGAAACGCAAGAAACAUCAUACAGAAUAUAGUGGACACCGGAAAGUUGAUGAACACCUGAAUGUGAUGAGUGACCUCAAAGUUGAACAGCUAACCACACAAGAACUCAUACAUCUUGAAAGAGAUGUGGGUGACACGUUAGCACAAACACGACAAAGCAAGGCAAACAACCACGGUCAACGCCCCAAUAAUAUGCACGUAAGUUUUUAAUCAUAGCUCCAUUAUAAUGACUUCAAAGGCGUGUCUACAGCUUUAGUAGCUAGAGUAUUAGAAUUUUCAGAAGUAAAUGCUCGUCGACAAAGGCUGCUGAAGGUUUGGCUUUACC